CAGAAGGACCCCCGCCUAGGGCACCAAAAACCCUGGCGCCGCUCCUGGGACUGAGUAACACAAAACAAGUAAAAUAUUCAGAUAAGUGUGAAAAAUAAUUCACUGAGUGGCAUUGGCAAAGGACUCUGGAAAGAGAUGUUUGACUUUGACAGUUACAGGUUAAUAUAUGUUAAGAUACCGUGUACAGGCAGUUGAGUAAAGUAGAAGCCAGGAUAAGUGUUUGAAGCUAACUUAUGUUUAAAUUCUUUUUAUGUAAAUUUGAGACUAGAGAAGGGUGUGUAUGUACAACCUCUGAUGCCACACCUGUUGUGUUUAGAUCAGAAGAGAGAGAAUGUGUGCACUCCCAACUUUUCCAGUGUUGUGUCAGUUGUGUUUUCUCAUAUAUGAGGCUUUGUGCCACUGUUUAGCUCCUGUAGGAUAUGUGUUAAAAGGGCCUGAAGACAACACUCAAAUGUUAAGCAACAGUUGGAAAAAAAAACAUUAACAUAAUGUGAGCUUUUCUUUAAACAGUGACUUGGAUAUGUCAGAGUUCCUUAUUAAUCCAAAUGCAGGGCCUUGCCGCUAUAAUUUGAUUGCUGUGUCCAACCACUAUGGAGGAAUGGGAGGAGGGCAUUAUACUGCUUUUGCAAAAAAUAAAGAUGAUGGAAAAUGGUACUACUUUGAUGACAGUAGUGUAUCAACUGCAUCUGAGGACCAAAUAGUGUCCAAAGCAGCAUAUGUGCUCUUCUACCAGAGACAGGACACUAUCAGUGGAACUGGCUUUUUCCCUCUUGACCGGGAAACUAAACAAGGUGCUUCAGCUGCCACAGGCAUCCCAUUAGAGAGUGAUGAAGACAGCAAUGAGAAUGAUAUAGAAAAUGAAAAUUGUAUGCACACUAACUAAUAGAAGACCUCGAAGCCAUAAAAAGCAAGACUUUCUCACUGGAGAUAUCUAUUGAAAGAAUGAAAUUGCCCACCAAAUUAAAAAUAAAAUCUGAGAUGGGGAAUUUCAGAUAACAGAAUGUAAAUCCUUUAUUGCAUUUUAAUAUGUGCAGUACUUGAAGAGAAACACAAUGAAAACAAACAGAAAUUGUCUCUAAUACAUUUACAGUCUUGUAUUCACAAGCUAUCUAUAGGAUAUCACAAAUAAACCCCUUUUAAGUUUUCUGCUGCUGUUCUGAUGAAUUAUGUUUUCUUCAUUUGGGAUGUGAGUUAAUAACUAAAAUGUUAAAUUUGUGGACUUUGGUCAUUUAUUUUCUUAGUAUUACAAGAAUACUACGGUGGAGAGCCUAGUUUUUGGAUGAUUUUAUUCAUGUAUAUUAGGCUGUCACAUGCACUACUAUUAUUUAGCUAGUACAUGUGGCAUAAAUAUGAGAAGUAGUAUUCCUGAAACACCAAAUUUUCAAGUUUCUCCCUAGAAAUUAAUGUUGACCAAUUUUAAACUCAAUCAUGAUAGAAGAAAAUAUCUUGAAAAGGUGUUUUAACCUUUUGUUGGUAUAGUUAAACAUCCAGAAUAUUAUGUUGAUCUUAUUGCUGCUGUGGAACAGGUUCUGGAUUUCAUGCUGAAUUAACAAACAUUUUUCAAUUAAAUGUAAGUAUCGCUUGUUGGAUCUACUCUGUUGACAUUAUAAUUCCUGUUACCUUGCUUAUAAGCCAUGCAUAACUUCAAUCUGGUGUCAGUCCAAAAUUUAAAAUUGUGCUGUAAGUCCUCCCCCCACUGUGGGAAGUUUGGCAGCUUUCAAACUACUUUGUAAUAGGGACAGAUUUAAUAGUAUUCUGUAUCCAUAGUAAUGACUUUGCAUCAGGCUUAGAUAAAAGAUUUUUUUCCACAUAACUUGCCUUUAAAUUGUGAAUGAACAAUUGGUUUUAAAGGUAGGUCUGUUAAUUUUCUCUGUGUGUUCCUGAUGGAAUUCACCAUAGCCUUACAGCUUAUCUCAAAAGGUAAUUUAUUAUAGGAGAAUUGGCAUUUGCAUGUUCAAGAGUCAGAACCUGUACAGUAUAUAAAGCAUACAAACCUUGAAUUGGAUUUUAGUUAACCAUGUUCAAGGAUCCAGGAUGCCAAAAAUAAGUGUGACAGUUUGAAACAUUUUUAAUUUGCUGCUUUCCCUUUGAUCUAGUUAGACGAAUGUAUUGUUGAUUUGUAUACAAUACUGCCUUUGAUAGGAGCUCUUAAGUGUGGGGGCACACUUCACAUAUCUACUACCUGAAGAAUUGCUUUGUGUCCCACUGUUAUGAAAAGCAAAAAGUAUGAUGUUCUUCACUUGAACUAAUCAAAUACAAUAGGUUAUAAAUUGUGUAUUGUAAAUAAAAGUUCACUCUGUGAGUGCACAUUUUGGUAAAUUAUUUAUUUAUGUUAGCAUUAAAAAGUUUAAAAAAUUGCAUUUGACCAGGAUAUAAAUGAGGUAUGUUGGACAUGGCUUUGCAUUAUACCUUGAUAUUAAAGCUGGUGUUUCAUCCUGGUAUUUUAAAGCUGCUUUCUGAGUUUUUUUUUAAUGUAAGCUAACCUCCUGCAUGACAGAGGUUAAAAUUUUGUCUGCACUUGAGUUCACUUGGGUUUACAUUUGAAAUGCGCAUGUUUAUUUAAUACAGAUUUCAAUAAAGCUAUUCAAGGCCUUA